AGCCAUUUGGGCUCAAGUUAGGCUCGAGCCAUCCGCCCCACCCCCUUCCUCCGAGGGACGUCCUCGCGCAACCCCUGACACCGGCGCCGGGCAGCCAUGCAGCCGCUGGGCCGCUCGCGGGCGAGGGCGGGCACGAGCUGGUGCCUGGCCGCCGCGGCCGCGGCCGCCUGGUGCUCGGCGAGGUGCCUCGUCGCCCCGACGGGCCCCGCCGGGCUCCGCCCCGCGCCGCGGGCGGACGUCGCCCGCGGCUACGAGCGGGGGGGCGCCGAGGGCGGCACCGGGGCAGGGGCGGAUACGCACGAAGGCGGCAGCGGCGGCUCCGAGCAGGACGUGCUGGCCAUGUGGGACGGCGUCGGCAGCGACACCGGGGCAGGGGCGCACGAAGGCGGCAGCGGCGGCUCCGAGCAGGACGUGCUGGCCAUGUGGGACAGCGUCGGCAGCGACACCGGGGCAGGGGCGCACGAAGGCGGCAGCGGCGGCUCCGAGCAGGACGUGCUGGCCAUGUGGGACAGCGUCGGCAGCGACACCGGGGCAGGGGCGCACGAAGGCGGCAGCGGCGGCUCCGAGCAGGACGUGCUGGCCAUGUGGGACAGCGUCGGCAGCGACACCGGGGCAGGGGCGCACGAAGGCGGCAGCGGCGGCUCCGAGCAGGACGUGCUGGCCAUGUGGGACAGCGUCGGCAGCGACACCGGGGCAGGGGCGCACGAAGGCGGCAGCGGCGGCUCCGAGCAGGACGUGCUGGCCAUGUGGGACAGCGUCGGCAGCGACACCGGGGCAGGGGCGCACGAAGGCGGCAGCGGCGGCUCCGAGCAGGACGUGCUGGCCAUGUGGGACAGCGUCGGCAGCGACACCGGGGCAGGGGCGCACGAAGGCGGCAGCGGCGGCUCCGAGCAGGACGUGCUGGCCAUGUGGGACAGCGUCGGCAGCGACACCGGGGCAGGGGCGCACGAAGGCGGCCCCCAUGGAUCACCUGAACUGUUGAGCUCGUGGGAUAGUCUGGGCAGCGCAACCGGAGGGCAGCCCUAUCAAAGCGGUGGCCACGAUACAGGUUCUGGCCAGCGCCUCGUCGGCUUCGGAAAGCACAGGGACUUAACCUACCAGGAGGCUUUGAGUCAGGAUCCUAACUAUUGUGACUGGGUCAUGCGAGAAAGCAAGAGCUCCGACGCCUCCCCGAUGGUCAUGGAUUUUGUCCAUUGGCUGGAGCAGAACGUUCCGUCCGCUGGCGGUGGCGCUCCCGCCAAUGGCUUCGACCUGGGGUCUUCAAGCGACCCGAGUGGCUGGCUGCCCGCUGUGGAGCCCAGCGGGGACGCGGGCCAGCGCCUCGUCGGUUUCGGAAAGCACAGGGACUUAACCUACCAGGAGGCUUUGAGUCAGGAUCCUCAGUAUUGUGACUGGGUCAUGCGAGAAAGCAAGAGCUCCGACGCCACCCCGAUGCUCAUGGAUGAUUUUGCUCAUUGGCUGGAGCAGAACGUUCCGUCCGCUGGCGGCGGCGCUCCCGCCAAUGGCUUCGACCAGGGGUCCGCAAGCGACCCGAGUGGCUGGCUGCCCGCUGUGGAGCCCAGCGGGGACUCAAAUCCCAAGGUAGGCUUCGGAAAACACAAGCAUCUGACCUACGAGGAGGCCUUGGUAAUGGAUAAACGUUACUGCCAGUGGGUGGUGACGUUCAUGGAGUCGAAAGAGGACCCCAUCCCGACUAUGGUAGAGUUUGCUAAGUGGCUGCGGGAGAGGGGGAUCGAGCCGGGCACAUAAUUCUUUGACUCGCGCGGAUGCCCCCUGCUCGAGACAAGACUCACCUCGAGGCUCCUUCUGGCUCAGUGAGAGGCACGUUUGCAGGGGAGCUCCUCCUCCUCGUCCUCUGCCCUCCUCUCCUCCUCUUCCUCCUCCUUCCUCCUUCCCCUCUGAUUCUCCGCUUGCGCCUGUCGCAAUCGAAGGCCAAAGGCGGGGCCUGUCGUACAGGGGGGCUGGCUGGCGCGGCCCCGCUUCGGGAUAUCGGAGGCGCAAUGCUUCUCCCUGGUGGCGGUUGAGGCCGCAUCGCGUCAGCAGGGCUGGCACGAGCCAUGCGAUCAGCUUCUGCGUGCGAGACUGUACGUGCUAGGCGAGGGUGCGCCUCGGUUUGCUUCUGUGAGCCGUCGCUGCGGCCAGCACUGCGGACUCGCCAUGCUUGUCCGCCGAUCGCCGCCGGGUUUUGAGAGAAACAAAGAAGUGCAG